GGCGCUCAGUAGCACUGCCAGCGGCUCGAGCUGUAUCAGUACCGCCAGCAGUCUCAGCAGUACAACCGCCAACGGUAGCAGCAUAUCGAACAGCAGCAGCGGCGGCAGCGGCAGCGGCGGCGGCGGCGGCGGGAGCACUUCGGCGCUGCUGCUGCUUACCGGUCCGCUGCUGUCUGCUGAGGAGCUUCUGAGCGAAUCGCCCAGCGACCCGCUUCAACCCGUUGCUGCUGCUGCCCCAACUCCAAGAACAGCAAACACCGAGCAGCAGCAGCAGCAGCUGUCAUCGCAGCAGUCUUACCCCCAUCCGCCACCCUCACCGCCGCCCCCGCUGCUUCUAUCGCCUCGCUCUUCCCCUGACGGCUUGCGCGGUCCCUCUCCCUCCUCCUCUCCCACCCCCUGCACCUUGUCACCUCCGCCGGCUCGCCGCUCGCUCACCCGACGAAGCAGCACCCUCAGACAAGGCCAGCCCGAACUGGGCACCCUAGUUUCGAGCCUGGAAGAGGUUGAGGGUGACGUCACGGUGCUGCCAAGCCCAAACAGCUUCAUCGCGGGGGGCAGCUCCUGGCGUCGCGGGCAGAUGCAAAUGCUGGGCGGAGGGCCGACUGACGGCGGCUCGCCGGGCAGGCAGUUGGUGACGGGGGUUUCCGCCCUCAGCUGCGAUGGCGGCAGGAGAGACAUGGGCGGGGAGGUCGAGGGGGAGGGCGAGGGCGAGUGCAUUCUGUUGGGCAGUGGGAUGCUCUUGAGUCGUGCGGGGUCCCGUCGGGCGGUUACUUCUGUACAUACUUCGGAUGGGGGUGCGGCGGCGGGAACUAGCAGCGGCAGCAGCAGCGGUAGCAGUGGCGGCGGCAUGGGCGGGAGGCAGGUGCUGCACUCGUCGAGCCUGUGUGGGCGGAGUUUCGUGUUGCCUGCUGCCAGCCGGGAGGCUGCUGGGGGGGCGGCUGCUGGUGGGGGUGUGAACGGUGGCGGCAGUAUCAGCAGCGGCGGCGGCGGCGGUGGAGGUGGUUGGGGCGGCGGAGAGCGGGUGCCCUCCGCCCGACCCGAGUUGACAUCUCCAGGUGGAGGGGGAGGGGGCCUCACCAGUGCGCCCGGCCGCACGGGGGCUCCCCCGGCGGCACUGCCUCCCAUCGGGGACCGACGACAGACAUCCACUUGACGUCCCAUUCAUCGAGCUUCAUUUCUCCGGCUUGUUGGUUUUGUUUUUGGGUUUCUAAAGGGGAAGUACAGGGAGUUACAGGGAGACGGGGUGCCUGGCUUGGGCCUGAUGUGUUGCGGGCACAUGCUGUUUGUCGUGUGCGUUUGUUACGUUUUUCGUUCGUUCAGUGUCCAGCUGCUGCUGCUGUCCUUCUGUCAACAGGUCACAUACGUUUGUGUCAGCUGGGCAACGGGGUUUGUGCCGCGGUUGUGAGAGUGCGGCACUGCUACCGUCGUGAUGGCUGGUGGGUGGUGGUUCCAUGCACGCGUGUUGCAUCAUGCAACAACAGCAACAAUGCUGCUCCUUGAGCGUCAGUGAUCAGAGAACUUAAUCCGAGUGGAGUGGAGUGGUGGGGGUGGUUUUGUCCGCGUUUAGGACUGGACGGGAGGGGAUGGGGGGUUGCGAAACACACAACACAAGUAUCAUGUGGCUAUCUAUGUUGUGUGUCGCUGCAACCAGUAGUACAAUGAUGCAUGCGUGUGUGGCUGGCGUGAUUCAUACGUGCCCCACGUGCCCAUACGUGCCCCACGUGCCCCGCGUGACGUUACUUGGGGAUUACGUUACGUUCUCCCUCGAGGGUAAAAGUCCUGAAUCCUUCCUCUGAUGCGGUUGUGUGCCCACGCAUGCGAGAGGGGACAGGGCUUGUCGCAUGCUGCUAUUAAUGCGGCCCUAACUUCUUGCGUGGUUUUGCUCGAUAGCUGCCCGUGCGGGACAACCAAAUGCGGUUAUGGACGCUGUUAGUAAUGUGUGGAACAGCGUCCGUGUCCGCGACAUGCUUUGGAAUACUGGAAAGCAGGAAACGCUGGUUGCUGCGGCAAAGUAGGUUUGGUUGGCCGUGGCCCGCCUCGCAAGGAUGAUGGCAGGAGUCCCCUGUGUCCAUGGUUGCUGGUUGAUUGUUGCUGGUUAAAUGAAGAAAUCCCAGUUGGGUUGAACUGUGUCGGGCAGCCGAGUGCCAGCGGUGGCGGAGGUGUGUUGUGGAAAGCCUUCGCUCCCGUCUGUCAACUCGACCCAUGCAGGGUGUGUCGCAUGUGGCGCGCGCAUAAGGUAGAGGUCUGACGGGACCAUGCAUGGCCCUCUGACGGGGGGUUCGGGGCUGCGGACUGUGCACGAUGCCCCUCCCUGGCUAGGUAAGGCUGCCGCAUAGCCUUUCAGUCGCCUCGUGAUGACUUCUGAGCCGAGGGGUUGCGCGCUUGUCCUCACGUGUGUAGUUGAGUAGGACACGAGCAAGCAAUUGGGAUAGCUUCGCAUGUGAACCGCGAGUACAGGCAAAACAGAGGUGACCAAACCCGAAACGCAUGUCCUCACGUGGGUAGUUGAGUCGAGGAUGGCGGGGCCCCUCUCUUGCUGCGAUUACUGGGAACGUGGUCACUGGUAACGUGAUGCCUUUGGGAAAUGGAACGUGGGUCAUGAAGAGGUAUUUAUGGUGAGGUGGUUAGCUUGUUGCACUUGUUGUAGGAUUGUGUUUGGACGCUGAUUGCUUCGCCUGCUUGCUUGUGAGACGUUUUGAAGAUUGCGGGGAGGGCUGCGGGCGUCUGUCAUACGCGCUGUGAGCUCCUUUCGCCGCCUUCAAUAGGCCAUGAAUGUGGUUUGGAUGUGGCCUGUUAGACAUGAAUGUGGUUUCGGAUGUGGCCUGUGAACACUGCUUUCAGUGGAAUACUGAGAGAAUGAGAAUGAUGGGGCCUUUUCUGGGGGUGGUGGGAGUCCGAAUGGGAAACAAACAAAAGACGGUGAACGACGAUGCGCUGGAUGGGAUAACGUUUUCGAGGCGAUCGCAUCCUUUAAGGAACGGUUUGGAUGACAGGUCAGACGACGGCAUGUGUGCAUGCAUGUAUCCUACCCUUCUAUCCCACCCUGCUUGCCUGCUACCCUUUUGUAUAUGUCCGCUUACCUGCGGCUGCCAAAAGAGGAGACGUAACUCUACUGACGCUUUCGUGCGUGGUUCAGGGAAGGGAAGGGCGCUCUCAGCCUUGGUGUAUGACACCUAGUGCACACGCGAGCCUUAACGGCAUGUUUCCUUUUGGACGUCCCGGGCAGGAGGAGAAGGAGCAUGGCAGGUAGCAGCAGGGAAUAAGACGGAUCAGACUUUUCUGCGGACGGUUGGGUGCAGGGCUGUGCGAGUAGUACUGCCAUUUGUGCAUGCUUGUGAUCUGGGUUUUCCUUCUUCUUGAAGAGAGAGAGAGAGUGAAAGAGAGCGCUUAAGGUUAUUCGGUUGGGCAGUUGGCAGGAGGCAUUGAAGGGAGAGGGCUGUGCGGGCAGCAGCUUGUUCUUCAGCAGCUGCUGGGGGUUUUCCCUCCAGCUUGCCAAUAUUCAUUAGGGGAUAAGAGGGGCGCGCACGCUGUGAACGGUGCGUAUGCAAGUAAGUAGGGCAUGUGUGGGAAUAAUAAAUACACCAACUCCGCACAUUCGGGGAUGUCCUUUUCUAGCAAUUAGCACGCAUCUACUUCAAUUUCAGCGGGGGAGGGUGUCUAUGCGUGUUAUGCCUCGUGUUGCGUUUCAGGGUAGUUGGUAAAGAAUGUGGGCGGGCAGGGGAGGCAGGGGGCUGUCAAUAAGUCAGGUUUAAUGGAGCCGUUGUUGUGCUUAAGACAUGAGGUUGCUGCUUGUUGCCGCUGUGGGAGCCCCCUUGUUGCUCCCGUUUACUUCCCUGUUGUUUGGCGUUGCCUGGUUUCACCCUACCGCAUCUCUUAAAUAAGUAAUAUUUGUACUGUGUUAAUGAAGCGGCGAAGUUUGGAUCGAGUUUGGAUCAAGAGUUUGGAGUACGGUAUCUUGGUCAAUCAUCUUUUUCUACCCUACUACCAACAGAUACAACUUCCCUCCUGGGCAGUCCUUUUGAGGGCGCACAGGCACACACACACACACGCAUAAGCACACACAGGGGUUUCAUUCCUCCCUCUGCAAGCUCUGUGUGUGUGCCCGCCAUACCUCAACGCAUGGGGUGUUAUCCGUACGUACUGCAUUGCCAUGUGUUUCGAUGUUUAGCGGCUGCGGCGGCUGCAAAGGCCGGGAAAGAGCUCCGGAAUUUGGUCAACGUCCAUCACUUGGCUGGCUGCAUAAGCCACACGGCCUUGCCUCGGCCUCAAAAUGCUUCUGGGUCACCAUUAUUGUUUCAGGAUGGAAAAGUAGCUUCUGUAACACUUAAAAUGUUUUCC